AUGAAUAAAUUUACACAUACAUUUAGAUAAUAACAUUUGGAAAGCCUCUAUCAAAAGGGUAAGCAAGAUUAUUGCUACAAUGGUUUCAAAAAAGUGAGCUUUCUUUCAAUGAUAAUGAUUUUAAUGCGCCUAAUAGCAUUUGGUCAAUCCAAUAACGUUGUCGGCAUCUUGGUAGCCUCCACCUCCCUUUUGAUUAUAUUCGUGAUGUCAAUUCUGAUAAUGAGAUUCUAUUAAUCAGGUACCAUCUUUUGUAUGAUAUUCAUCAACAACCUAAUCAUCUUGGUGCAAUUGUAGGAUUAAUCGGAUUAAACUAAUUAAUUCAUCCUUGGGACUAAUGUUGCCAUUGCACAUUCAAGCAUACUAUUGAUCGUAGAUUACAAAUUAACUCUAUUGAAUAUCUUCUUUCAAACUGGCUUAAAAUUGUUCAUUGCUGCACUACUUGAUGCCAACAUAGAUGCUUCCUCCAUCAUACUUUCUGUAUUUUGUCCUCUGUGCUUCGUCUCAGUCGUGCAUACCAUCGAGAAACAGAAGAGACUGCUCUUCCUCAGCAAUCAUCAAGGGAACGAUUGGCAUUGUCUCUUGCCAUCCAUCAUCAGCGAUCCCUUCAUUUUGUUUACAUACGAUGAAGACAGAAUGAGUUUUAGAUACAAGAAUUCUAAUUUAAUUGAUCACUUUCCGUAUUCCUCCUUUGAAUUGUAGGCUGAAGAGAAUUUCAGGUAGUUCCUGAGAAUGUCAACUCUAGGGAAAAUUACCUUGGAAUAAUUUAUAUUGAAUAGAAUUGAAAAACAAACUAAGUUUUUUGACCUCAACCAAUUCACUCUUAAACCAAACGAACACGACUCCACUGAUUUCGAAGAAAAAUCCAUUUUAUUGGCUGAACUCUAUCAUCUGGAAGAUAACUUCUUAAUCGUCCUUGAACAAUCCAAACACAGAGCACAAACUCUGCAAACUACAAAGGAUAACUUAAUUAAUCUUAUUGGUAAACAUCAAUAAUUGGUUUAAAAUUUCCUUAAAAAAUAAGGCUAAAUAAUUAAUAACUGUAUUUUAAGUUAAAACAAUAGGAUGUAACUAAUAUAUUAACUCAAAUUACAUCACAUGUACUUCGAAGGUAAAUACAAAGUAUCCAACUCCUUUUAGCAAGUCUCAUUCACUUCUGAGACUGUCUGUGCCAACUUCAGAUAACUCUUUCUUUCCACCAUUUAACUAUUCAAGAAGGCCUACAAGGAGUGUAAUUUCUAAUUCGAUUGCUCAGAAACCCAAUUUGAUGUUGUUCAUUAUAAAGAUAUGGUCUAAGAUUUCAUUCUUCAAUUGGUUCAAGUUACUCUACGGAAAUCGAACAAUGAUUUUAAAAAACAAACUAGAUUCUUAUUGCACUCUAAGUCUGAAUUAUUAUUUAUUCGAAUUAUUUGCAUGAAUACUUAUUUGUUGGCUGAAAACUUAAACAAAAACCUAGUGAUCAAGAACUUUUUAAAAUUUCAUUCUCCAUAACUAGAAGUGAAAGUAACAGAAGGAGGAGUCUUCAUCGAAUUGUACAAAGAUGUUUCGGUUCUGAAGUCAUUUGAUAAAUUUGAGAGUUUCAGUUGA